UCGAGAUAGAGCGUCGUUAAGAUUAGCACGUGUUCCUGCAUUUCCAAAAUAAAGUCUGUAUCUCGGUAAAGAUGCAGGUUUCUGCACCAAAUAAUAUAAAAAUUUACAAUCUUAGCGCUGGGAAAUCUCUCCCUGAGUGGUUAUCUGAGCGAAAGAGAAGAAACUUGUCAAAAAAGAAUGUCGAUAUACGACGACGUAUCGAGCUUAUACAAGACUUUGAUAUGCCUGGUGUGAGCACCUCUCUUAAGAUAUCUAAAGAUGAGCAACAUAUCCUUGUAACAGGCAUUUACAAGCCACGUGUAAAGUGUUUUGAUGUUCGUAAUUUAGCAUUGAAAUUUGAGAGAUGUUUUGAUUCUGAAGUGGUCGCUUUUGAAAUAUUAUCAGAUGAUUAUAGUAAAUUAAUAUUUCUACAUUGUGAUCGCCAUGUGGAAUUUCAUGCUGCACAUGGGAAAUAUUAUAGGCUCAGAGUACCAAAUUUUGGAAGAGAUCUAAAAUAUCAUUAUCCAUCGUGUGAUACUUUUAUUGUGGGUGAUAGUAAUAAGAUAUAUAGAGUAAAUCUUGAACGUGGUCAAUUUUUGCAACCGUUUGAAACAGAAGCAACAUCAAUAAACAAAUGUGAAAUAAACCCAUUGCAUCACUUACUCAUAGUUGGCACUCAGGAUGGAAAAGUUGAAGCUUGGGAUCCAAGAGUAAGGAAUAGAGUGGGUGUACUUGAUUGUGCCUUACAUUGUAUUACUCAAGACAAUUUAAAAACAGUUCCUGCGGUUACGGCAUUGAAAUUUCAAGGAGGUUUGAAUUUAGGAGUUGGUACAUCAGUAGGACAAGUAUUAUUGUUUGACAUAAGAUCUAGUAAACCAUUUUUGAUUAAAGAUCACAUGUAUGAAUUGCCAAUUAAAUGCAUAGACUUCCAUCAAAAGAUGGAUCUUGUUUACUCUAUGGACAGUUCCAUAGUAAAAAUAUGGGAGAAGGAUACUGGAAAAAAUUAUACUUCUAUAGAAGCUCAGUAUAACUUUAAUGAUUUAUGUGUUAUACCAAAUACUGGAAUGCUUUUGAUGUCUAAUGAAACUACAAAGAUGCAAAUAUAUUACAUUCCCAGCCUUGGUCCUGCCCCUUUUUGGUGCAGUUUCCUUGAUAAUCUCACAGAAGAAUUAGAAGAAUUGAAUUAUGAUAUUAUUUAUGAUGAUUAUAAAUUUAUAACUGAGAAGGAAUUAGACGAAUUAGGUCUUUCACAUCUGAAAGGCACUAAUUUACUCAGGGCUUAUAUGCAUGGUUACUUUGUAGAUAUACGAUUGUAUAGAAAAGCAAGGGAUGUAAUGAAACCGUUUGAAUUUGACGAAUAUAAGAAGAGAAGAAUCCGCGAGAAGAUUAAUGAGGAAACUGCCAGCAGAGUACAGAUACAAAAGUUACCAAGUGUGAAUCAAGAAUUGGCAUUGAAGCUGAUGUGUAAUGCAAGUGUUAAAAACAAAAAGAAACAAGUAUCUUCUAAUCUACUGAAAGACGAGCGAUUUAAAUCUCUUUUCAGUAAUCCUGACUUCCAAAUUGAUAAAAAUUCUACAGAAUAUGCUUUAUUAAAUCCUGUUAUUUCUCAACUUGAUAAAAAUAAAGCAGAAAAAUUAAAACAGCAAUUGGCACAAGAGGAAAAAACACAAGAUCGAUCUGAUGAGGACAAAUCACAAGGCAAUAGCUCGGAUGAAAGUCUUAUACACGAUAGUCCUGACGAUGAUAGUUCAGAUGAUGAAAAAGAAUGGGUUAAAGAAGUGCGAAAGAAUUAUCGUUUAAUAAGAAGAAAUGAAAGAGAGAAAGAGAGUGACGAUGAGGAUAACGAUGCGACUGCAAAGAAUGAAAUUCAUAAUGACAUAAAGUUCCAGGAGGGAGGAUUGGAGAGAAAGAAACAAAACAAAGUAAUAUUUGGCGAGAGAUUGGAAAGUGAAGAGAUGCAUAAUAUUAAAGUGUCCGGUUCGCGUGGCAGUAGGGAGAUGACUUUCGUUGUUGGAAAUAGAAAACGACCCGCGGAAACAAAACAUUAUCGGAAGGAAUACAACGUAUUACGCCCUGCGAGAAAUAUUUUCAAGAAGAAACAUUAAUUUAUAAAUUAAUUC